UACUCUAUCGAUACGACACCUAAAUCGAUCUCAGGACCCAAAACCUAUGAAGUGGAAGGGUUGACUGCCUCUUAAGUUUAAUUUACAAUAUUAGAAAAAAUAAGUUAAACGAAUAUAAAUGCACAUUUAUUGCAGUAUGUACGGUUCCGUUGCGACUGCGGAAUUAUGGGAAUUUUGAAGUCUGCAUGUGGGUUUUGUAUUGCCGGCUGUAAAAGGGCAAGUAUGGCACAGUUUAAAUUUAUAGAUAUCGGAAUCAACCUGACCGAUUCUAUGUUUCGAGGAAUAUACAGGGGAAACCAAAAACAUCAAGAUGACUUUCCACAGGUGAUAGAGAGAGCCGUUAAAAUAGGAAUCCAGAAGUUUAUGAUAACAGGAGGCAGUCUUCAGGACAGUAAAGAUGCUUUAAAACUGGCACAAACACGAGAUGAAUUUUACAGCACAGUUGGCUGCCACCCCACCCGCUGUGGUGAGUUUGAGCAGAAUGGAGCUGAUCAGUACCUGGCAGACCUGAAAGAAUUGGCCAAAGCAAACAAGGACAAGAUAGUGGCGAUUGGGGAGUGUGGCCUAGAUUUUGACAGACUGGAGUUUUGUCCCAAAGAAACCCAGCUACUGUACUUUGAAAAGCAGUUUGACGUGGCCGAAGAAACAAAACUGCCCAUGUUCCUCCAUUGCAGAAACUCACAUGAAGAAUUUUUAGACAUCAUGAAAAGAAACAGAGAGAGAUGUGUUGGGGGGGUGGUGCACUCAUUUGAUGGUACGAAGGAAGAGGCAGCAGCUAUUCUUGAUCUAGACCUUUAUAUUGGAAUAAAUGGCUGCUCCUUGAAAACAGAAGAAAAUGUUGAGGCCAUGAAGUCAAUUCCUUCUGAAAGACUGAUGAUUGAAACUGAUGCUCCAUGGUGUGGAGUGAAGAACAGUCAUGCAGGCUUCAAGUACAUAAAAACUACCUUUCCUACUAAGAAGAAAUGGGAAGCAGGCCAUUGUGUAAAGGACAGAAAUGAGCCCUGCCAUAUAAUUCAAGUGCUAGAGAUCAUGGCUGCAGCAAGAGAAGAAGAUCCUUUUGAGCUGGCAAACACUAUUUUCAACAAUACCAUAAAGGUCUUCUUCAAAGGAAGCUGAAGGCUUAUACCGACUAGAGCUGCUCUCACACCAGACAACGUGGUAUGGGCUUCUGUCUUCACUACCACACUGUUCCAGAUUUGUUUCGCAGCUUGAAAAUCCUGGAAUCCACAUACAGGAACCAUGAUGAACAUGAUUCUUGAUUGCUGCUUCUGGGAAACAAAUAUAUAUUUUUAAAGAAAAUAAAAAAUAAUUUAAAAGGCA